AUGUCUGUCUCUCCUACAGUCUCUAAUAACUCCAAAUUCCAGGUCUCUGAGUUCAUCCUGAUGGGCUUCCCAGGCAUUCACAGGUGGCAACACUGGCUCUCCUUACCCUUUGCUCUCCUUUACCUAUUAGCAAUUGGUGCUAACAUCCUCAUCCUCAUCACCAUCUGGCAGGAUUCUACUCUACAGAAACCCAUGUACCAUUUCUUAGGCUUACUCUCUUUGGUGGACAUGGGCCUGGCCACCACCAUCAUGUCCAAGAUCUUGGCCAUCUUCUGGUUUGAUGCCAAGGUCAUUAGUUUCCCUGAGUGUUUUGCUUGGAUUUAUGCAAUUCACUGCUUUGUUGGCAUGGAGACUGGUAUCUUUCUCUGCAUGGCUUUUGAUAGAUACGUAGCAAUUUUUCACCCUCUUCAAUACCCAUCAGUAGUCACCAGUGCCUUAAUCUUAAAAGCUACCCUGUUCAUGGUGCUUAGAAAUGGCUUGUUUGUUAUCCCAGUGCCUGUCCUUGCAGCUCAGAGUAAUUAUUGUUCCAAGAAUGAGAUUGAGCAUUUUCUAUGCUCUGACCUCGGGGUCACAAGCCUGGCUUGUGAUGACAGGAGGCCAAAUAGCAUUUGUCAACUAGUUCUGGCUUGGGUUGGUAUGGGAAGCGAUCUAAGUCUGAUAAUAUUUUCAUAUACUUUGAUUUUGCGCUCUGUACUUAUACUGAACUUGGCUGAAGCUGCAUCCAAAGCUCUGAGCACUUGUAGCUCUCACCUCAUCGUCAUCCUCUUUUUCUAUACUGUGAUCGUAGUGAUUUCAGUGACUCAUCUGGCAGAGACUCAGACUACUCUGAUUCCUGUUCUACUCAAUGUGCUGCACAUCAUCCCUCCUGCCCUAAACCCUAUGGUCUAUGCACUUAGGACAAAAGAGCUUAGGGCAGGUUUUCAAAAGGUGAUUUCUUUGGGCCUAAAAAUAAGAAGACAGAAACUUUUUCCAUGUAAUGCAUGGAUUUCAGUUUCUUCUAAAGUGGAUAGUGGAACUUAA